AUGGCGAUGUUUGGAACUGUGGGAGAAUUUGUGGAAGAAAAUGGUGACUGGCUGGAGUAUACGGAGCGUCUGGAGCACUUCUUCGCAGCGAACGAGAUCACCGUUGCAGAUAAGAAACACUCUAUCUUGUUAAGUGUGUGCGGCGCAAAAACUUACAAGCUCAUAAGAAACUUAGCAACGCCACAAAAGCCGGGAGAGUUACCGUACAAAGAGUUAACUGAACUGAUUCAGAACCACGACAACCUAAAGCCUUCCGUGAUUGUGCAACGUUUUAAAUUCCACAGCCAUUUUUGUAAACCUGGAGACUCUAUUGCAAAGUUUGUGGCUGAGCUUCGGCAGCUGUCUGAGCAUUGUGAGUUCGGUACCGUGCUGGAGGACAUGCUGCGUGAUCGCCUCGUUUGCGGAAUUAAUCAUGGUGUAAUUCAGUGCAGGCUCCUGAGUGAGGCGACAUUGUCAUUUACAAAAGCAAUGGAAAUUGCACAGGGUAUGGAGUCAGCAGCACUACAUGCAAAAGAUAUUCAAAAAGCAACGGGUCCGGCUCACAGUGACGUGUUUCGCGUGUCUCAAACUGUUAAAGGGAAAACAGUGGAAUGUUACAGAUGUGGGGGAGCUCACUAUGCAAAGGCGUGCAAAUUUAAAGAGACAGUUUGCCAUAACUGAAAAAAGGGCCACCUAGCGAAGAAAUGCAGGGGCAGUAAAUGUAAACAAAAAAACUCAAGGGACAGAGGAAAACCACAAUUAAAGGCACAUCACAUGGAGGAUCAACAAGAAGAGACCUCUUAUUCAAUGUUUAGCUUAAGGGAAACUCGUGCAGAUCCUCUUUAUGCAACACUGCAGAUUAAUGGGGCAAGCCUUAAAAUGGAGAUUGACACAGGAGCUUCAGCAUCAAUCAUCAGUGAGGAGACUUAUGGGAAGCUAUGGGGUAAUGAUCAGACACCAGGAUUAUGUCAGUCUACCAUUAAACUGAGAACAUAUACCGGUGAGAUUAUUCCUGUGCUGGGGGCGGUGUCGGUGGCCAUCGCAUAUGAUGGUCAGGAGGCUGAUGCUCGCUUACUGGUUGUUAAAGGAACAGGACCAAGUCUGAUGGCCAGAGAUUGGCUCGGUAAAAUUAAGCUGAACUGGGGUGAGAUCAAACUAAUAAAAGGCCUAUGUGCACAGGAUGGUGUUGCCAGGUAUUCAGAUGUCUUUAAGGAUGAACUGGGCACAUUGAGGGGCACCACAGGGAAAUUGUGUGUGGAGCCUAACGCUGUACCUAGUUUCUUCAAGCCUAGGUCUGUUCCAUUUGCAAUGAAGCAUAAAGUGGAAAAAGAGCUUGAAAGACUACAGCAGCUCGGAAUCAUUGAACCAAUUCAGUUUUCUGAUUGGGCAGCCCCAAUUGUGCCCGUAUUGAAAGAGGAUGGUACAGUACGCAUCUGUGGAGAUUACAAACUGACAAUCAAUCAGGCAGCAAAGCUGGAAACUUAUCCUAUUCCAAGGGUGGAGGAUUUGUUUUUAAUGCUGGCGGGAGGUAAAACUUUCACUAAGCUGGAUAUGAGUCACGCCUAUCAACAGUUGUUGCUAGAUGAAGAGUCAAAGCACUAUGUUUCAAUUAAUACUCACAAAGGACUGUUUAAGUAUAACAGGCUGGUGUUCGGGGUGGCGUCCAGCCCAGCCAUUUUCCAAAGGACAACGGAAAGCCUUUUGCAAGGAAUACCGCAUGUGGCGGUGUAUCUCGAUGACAUAUUGAACACAGGGAAAACAGAGGAGGAGCAUCUGAACAACCUGGAUCAAGUUCUUAAGAGGAUGUCAGACGCAGGCCUGAGGCUAAAAAAAGGCAAAUGUACAUUACAGGCUGAGAGUGUGACGUAUUUGGGAUAUCAGAUAUCAGAGCAAGGAUUACGUCCUGUGCGAGGCAAAGUCAGGGCUAUCAAGGAGGCCCCCAAACCCGGGAAUGUGUCAGAGCUUAAGUCAUUUCUGGGCAUGAUAACGUAUUAUGGGAAGUUCUUGCCAGAUCUUUCAACUGUACUGGCCCCAUUGUACCAGCUGUUGCACCACGACUGUCCGUGGAAAUGGGGGACAGCUCAGGUGACUGCUUUUACAAAAGUCAAAGACUCAUUACAGUCAGCCAGGGUGUUAGUCCAUUUUGACCCUGAGAAAGAACUGACAGUGUCUUGUGAUGCCUCUCCAUAUGGCAUUGGGGCUGUUCUCGCACAUGUGAUGGAGCAGGGUAUGGAGAAGCCCAUUGCGUUUGCGUCACUAAAGCUUUGCGUCACUAAAGCAGAAAAAGGAUACUCUCAGCUGGACAAAGAAGGUUUGGCCAUUGUGUUUGCUGUGAAACGUUUCCAUCAAUUUCUUUAUGGUUGUCCAUUCACAAUCUUUACGGACCAUAAGCCAUUAAUGAGCUUGUUCAGUGAACAUAAAAGCAGACCUUCCAUGGCAUCGGUGAGGAUUCAGAGGUGGGCAUUGACUUUGUCUGCUUAUCAGUACCACAUAGUAUAUCGAGCAGGGAAGGAAAAUGCCAAUGCGGAUGCAUUAAGCCGCUUACCGCUUCCAGACAUUCCGUCAUCCACUCCUCUACCUCCUGAAACUGUGUUUCUCCUGGAAACAUUGAAUGACUCACUGGUGAGUGCAAAGCAGAUUAAAACCUGGACAGAAAGAGACAAAGUUCUGUCGAAAGUCAAACGAUUUGUCCUCAGGGGUUGGCCCCCAGUCGUCGAGGAAGCAGAGUUGAAACCCUAUGAGAAAAGGAAAAAUGAGCUCUCAGUUCAGGACGGUUGCAUCCUAUGGGGUGCGAGGGUGGUCGUGCCGCCACCAGCAAGAGUCCAAGUGAUACGGGAGGUUCAUGUGGCCCAUCCUGGGGUCUCUCGCAUGAAAAGUUUAGCAAGGGCGUAUGUUUGGUGGCCAAAUAUGGAUCAAGAUCUUGCAAGCAAAGUUAAAGACUGUAAGGAGUGCCAAGUAAACCAGAAAAUGCCUCCACCCGUUCCUCUCCAGCCCUGGGAAUGGCCAAAUAGGCCAUGGUCUCGGUUGCAUUUGGAUUUUGCAGGUCCCUUUAUGGGGCGAAUGUUUCUUGUCUUGGUGGAUGCUCACACAAAGUGGCUGGAAGCACACAUCUUGAAAAACAUUACAGCCUCUGUGACAAUUGAAACGCUGCGCCAAGUGUUUUCAGUACAUGGAUUGCCAGAUGUAGUUGUCUCGGACAAUGGUCCAACGUUUACAGGAGAGCAGUUUCGAGAGUUCGUCACACGGAAUGGAAUAAGACACAUCCGUACUGCACCUUUCCACCCUGCUUCUAAUGGUCUGGCAGAGAGAGCGGUGCAGACAUUAAAAGAGGGCUUAAAGAAGAUGACAGGGCCUAGUGUUGAAACUAACCUUGUCCGUUUCCUGUUCCAGUAUCGGAUUACUCCACAGACGACUACUGGCUUGACACCUGCAGAAAUGUUGUUGGGACGAAAACCAAAAUCUCAUCUGGAUCUGCUGCAUCCAGACAUGGUGGAGAAAGUGAGAGCACUGCAAAGAAAGCAGAAAGAAGGGCAUGAUAAACAUGUGAGGGCACAGAGUUUCCAGGAAGGUGAGACUGUCUUUGUUAGGAACUUUGCCAGAGGUCAGCGCUGGUUACCGGGAAAUAGCAGCGACUUCGUAGAUGCCUGUCGCUUUGAGGAAGGAAGACAAACACAAAACCCACAUAUUGAAUGCCCCUGGAACUACGUGCUGCUGGUGCACCCCAGCUACCUCAACAAAUUGAGCACUGCCCCGGGUGGUGGAACUGGUAAAGGCUGA